AUGGACAUCGACUCCGCCCAUCCUAGCCCCCUUCUGCCUGGGUCUCUGGACGUAAUGCAUCAUCCCUUUACAUCCAUGGACAUGCAAUUUACCGACGAAUACUCUCUCCUUAUCGCACAAAGCCACGUGGCGGGCUUUUGGGUCCUUGCUGACGUCGAGGAGAUCGAUGUAGACUGGCAGGCGUGGACAUCAGUCAUCCCGGACCGUCUGGAACUCGCAAAUAUCACUACGCUCCGUAUUCAUAUCCAAGGUACCCACAACUUCUGGCAUACGAUAUUUGGCCCCAUGGUACAGCUCAAGGAACUCGCCGUGAGCUUGGACAAGGCUUCCCUUGCCCCCACGGCCCGUCCGCCCGUCGUUAUCCUUCGCUCCGUCCUCUCGCAGGAACCCCUCCUCUGUCCCGCGCUGCACACCCUCAACAUCGAGUGGCCAAACGCAAUCAAGUCGGACGACUUGUGCGUGUCGGAUCUUACUGAUAUGCUCGUCACGCGGACCCGACUAGGCUGUCCCAUCCACACUCUCGCGGUCCGUGCAAUCGCAGUAAUCGUGGACAUCGGUGGACAACGCGUCUGGGGCUUCGGGCCCAUGCUCGCCCCUUUGGCGGCGUUGGUGCAGGUGUUUUCGUCGGUAUCGCGGCUGGAUGAGCACGUGUGCACCUUCGAGCCUAGCCGGAUCUGGUCGGUCGAGGGCGCAGAGGAGUACUGGGAAUUGGAUCAGUGCAGUCGCCCUCAUUACAGCGUCCCUUGA